UGCUCUGUGGAGAUAAAGCAAACUCAAAGCACCUCCUGAGCUGAGAUGUCUGAGGUCAUUUGCAGCACUUAUAGAUGAUACUGUUCUUGCAAAAAGACAGAAACAAAGAGUGAGAACCUUUUAGAUGCAUGUGUUCCACGAGACUGCACGCCUCCAUUUCAGCGUGUUCAUAGAUGGUUUUUCUGUCAUCUGGUCUUAAUAAUAUAAUAAAGUGUGUUUCUUCAAGUGCGUGUCUGUGUGUCUACGGGCAACUUAUUUGUAGUAUUAAUUUGAUAAUAAUAAUAAUUGAAUACAUUAAUGGGAAAAUAAGCCAAAUGUUGUCUUGACAUCGUCAAAGGCAUCAGUUAUUGGCGAUCACUCACCAUCGUCGAUCCCCGAGAUCAUCGUCUGUCGGCACAACCCUAAUGUGCAUUUCUCCCUAUAAAUUAACAAAAUGUUCAGAUAGUCUCCUUGCUGGUUUUUCCGACACAUUCAGAAUCAUUACCGCUUUUGCCGGUGUUACUGCAGCUCGCUGCGUGCAUGCGUGCACUUGUAAAAUUUAUAUUUUAAAGGCUCAUUAUUACAGUUUAGUAUUUCUCUGUAAUGUAGAACAGUGUUAGCAAUGUUACUUAUUUUCUUUCUCAGCCCUGGAACUCAAACCAUUUUCUGAUGCCCCCCCCAGUAUAUUCAAGUAAUUCAAUUAAUAUCGUAAACGUGCGACUAGUCAACUAAUGGCUUAAAUUAACUCCUACUAGUCGACUAGGAAAAUCUUUGUUUCGGGGGCAGCCCUGAUUGUAUGUGUUCUUUGGACAUGGUUCCUAGAAAGGUCACUUUUUAUCAACUUUACAUCAUAAUGUGGCCUCUUUAUUUCACCACAAUUUGUUUUAUUUUAGUAAUCGGUAUUUAAAAAUAGAAAGCAGAUUGUUUUUGUUUUUUUCAAGUUGGGACAGUAUUUACCAUUACAUCAUUUAACAAUAUGGUUAUGAACAGUUAAACGAUCAUAACAAAUAGCCAACCAAGGACAAGUGUUCCAAAAUUCCAUUACAUACCUUGAAAAAAAUGACGUAGUUUUUCUAAGUUUUCUAAAUUUUAAAUGGUAUAAACGUACGUAAAAUUUACAUCAUGACAUAAUAUUGAUUAAAGCGAGUGAGUAAAUUUAACUUAAACACUUCAGUUAAUGUAGUUACUUUUACUUACAAAUCUGAUGUGCAUGGCAUUCCACAGAAAGGCUUGAUGCAUACUAUGUAGUCUAUUAGACAACAUCACCUUAAAUUACUAGCAAUAGAAACAAGAUACAGAGCUACGCACACAGACCUCAACACUCGGUGCACAAAACACAAUGACAACAUGAACGGGUAAUUUUUGAGUAGAAAAUUAACUUUUGACUUCACAAAACAAGAAGUUACCAAACAAAUUCAACAAUAAAAAUGGUAUAAAUAAACUGGAAAACAGUGAAACCAUGCAAGCUCAUUCAUUAUUCAAGCCGGUGCAUGCUGGGAACACCAGCUUCGAAAAGUUACGUAAAAUGUACUUAUUCUAUUCGCCUGUGAAAUGUACUUAAAUUAGCAAAUAAAUUUGAUAGUGUUUUCUACUUUAGGAUUGAUACAUGAUGGUGCAUUGUUAAGAUAACAAACAAUCAUAAACAGUAUUUACUUUGAAGUUUGGCAAGGAUCAGAAAUAGCAGCAUGUUGAAGCUUUAGUCAGGUGCCUGGCUGCACGUAUAGGACUCAGGAUAGAUCUGUUGCUGUUCAAGGAGGGCUGGACUGAAUUGUGUGUGUAUAUUAACUGAUUAGUGAGCACUGGGAAUCCCAUUAGAGCCAAGCUACAGUUGCUAAUGCUGAUUUAGUCCCUUUAGAGCCCACCACCGACCACAGCAGUGCAAAUUCUCAUCCUCUCUCAAUGUUACCUGCCAACAUCGGAUUGUGAAAAAUAUGCGAGGAACGGCAGCCAGUGGAGUUUUUGGUGCCCCCCUAGGGUAAGACGGUGCCCCUGUAGGGAGUAGGUGCACCACGCAGACUUCGUAGUAUACGUACAGUUUGCGACAAUACCGGUCAGUAAUACUACACUGAAGUUGAAUAGUACCAAGAAAUUAUAAUUCAGAUGGUCCCUUGCCACAUCCUUCACAGUUUUAGCAAUAAAUGCUUUUUUUAAUUAAUUAAUUCAAUUUUUAGAAUGCCCAAUUCCAACUACUUAGUAGGUCCUCGUGGUGGCGCGGUUACUCACCUCAAUCCGGGUGGCGGAGGACAAGUCUCAGUUGCCUCCACUUCUGAGUCUGUCAGUCCGUGCUUCUUAUCACGUGGCUCGUGGUGCAUGACACCGCGGAGACUCACAGCAUGUGGAGGCUCAUGCUACUCUCCACGAUCCAUGCACAACUUACCACGUGCCACAUUGAGAGCGAGAACCACUUAAUUGCGACCACAAGGAGGUUACCCCAUGUGACUCUACCCUCCCUAGCAACUGGGCCAAUUUGGUUGCUUAGGAGACCUGGCUGGAGUCACUCAGCACACCCUGGAUUCAAACUCGCGACUCCAGGGGUGGUAGUCAGUGUCAAUUCUCACUGAGCUACCCAGGCCCCUUGCAAUAAAUGCUUUUUGAGUUAUUAAUAAUAAAAAGUGCAUAUCCUUCCUUAAAUGCUGAGAACUUUUCUGAAUCAUGACUUAUAAAAAAAUAUUUUCUUUGAUUAUUUAUCUUCUUAAGUUUUUUUUUUAUUUACUUUAUUUUAUUUAUUUAUUUUUAUUUGUCCUUCACCUUUACUUCUUGUCUUUAUGACUCAGUGAUUAUAUUUAUAAAUUGCUGGAUCUUAUUGAACAUUUACACUACCGUUCAAAAGUUUAGGGUCACUUACUCAUUCUUUAUUUUUUUAUAUUUUUUUUUCACAUUUUAGAAUAAUAGUAAAGUCAUCAAAACUAUGGAAUAACAUGAAUGGAACUAUGGGAAUUAUGUUGUGACUAAAAAAAUCCAAAAUAAAUCAAAACUGUGUUAUAUUUUAGAAUCCUCCACAGUAUUAGCACAUUUCAGCACAAUGUGCAGACUUUUCAGAUGACCCCUUACCCACCGUAUAAAAAUGCCCAACUUAUAUCAAUGUUAAAUUAACGAUCUGGAACGAUUUCGCCGUGACACCAUCUGACCAGCUUACGGGACAAAUCGUGUCCCAUAUUGAUUGAUACGGGAUGCAUCAUUUCAUAUUUAAAUAAGGGAUGAUCCCGUAUGAAUGAAGUGUGGAUGCAGAAAAUCGUGAGUUUAUCAGGAGAAAUUGUAAAUCAGGAGUACAGCAGGAAGAGGAUGGAAAGAAAACCCGGUAAAAUCGGGAGUGUUGGCAGGUAUGCUCUCAAUAAUGAAGCUGCUUGGCCGUGUAGCAUCAAAUAUACUCCUCACUUUUCAUAACUAUUUCACUAUCACUUCCAUGGAUUUAUUUUCAAAGAUUUAAACCAUGGCUUUGUAACUGUAAUAACAAUGACAGUUCUCUUACCCAUAGUGUCCAUAUGUUCAACAUUUUAAAUAGGUCUUAAACAAAACACUAUUUAUCCGUCUGACGGCUGCGAAACAUACAGCAUGUCUUAAUUUCCUCUUCUGGGGCUUCAUUAAGGCCUCGAUAUACUUCCUACGAAAUCGAAGAACAAACGGGUGUAACGUAAUUUAGAACAAAAUCUAGCUAAAAAGAAGGUGUUUUUGCGUUAGUUUUGGUGGUUCGUAACAGCUCGCUGGGGCGAACUUUUAGGAAAAAUUCUUAUUGGCUGCUAAACACCUUACUGCCAUUGGUCCACGUUAUCGGUAGGUGUGACCUUGAGCUCCGCCUACCUUGAGGCCGAUGGCUAAUUUUGUUUACGUUAUUUAGUGAGUCAAAAUCAGUCAACAUGAACACAUUGAUGUGCAGAGUUAUUAGCGAGCUGGUGCAGAUGAAUCUGUACGAUCGUUCGCUUAGAGACAUUUUCCAAGAUCAAGUCAUGUGAUUUUAUUUUUUUAUUUUUUAGUCUACUAAAGGAAUUAAAUCUUCUCAAAUACUAUCAAAUGCUCAUUCACUCAUGUGCCAUCUGCAGCAAAAGCCAUUCACAAAUCUGUCUAAAGUAAGAUAUGCCUCUAUCAUCGUUUUAUCAGAAUGUAACCGGUGCAUAUUACGGCCUCGUGUAGCAUGUGAGCGCAAUAGCGUCAUGAAUUCAUAAUGUAAACAAGGCAAAUGAAACAGUUUAUACUGCAGAUAUAUUACUUUAAUCGCUGAGUGGUUAAAACAGCUUCUUUUACUGACCUCAUGUGAAUUCUACUCAGAAUGAGGCAUGAAGUCAUUGAUAACACAUUGGUUAAGGUUUUACAUGUAGCGUCCUUAUAUUUAAAUGUACUUCUAAAUGCCUCCCACAGCGGUGUGGCGGGUGACUGAAUGUUCGGAAACAGUAUACAGUUGCUUGGCUGUUUAGAACUUCUUUUUAGCCCUGAACGAAGAAGAACUUCUACGGAAGUAUAUCGAGACCACUCAUGUUGCUUGCGUGGUUUGUUAUGGACUGCAACCUCAAAUCAGACAAAUCUGGAUGCAUAAUCCUUGUGGACAAGUAAAUGUGCAAAAAAUAAAUAAAUCCCAUAGUCUUACAUUCAAGUAUAGGGACUCAAUCCAUAGUGUCCAGAAUAUCAUAAAUACUUGGGGUUGGGCUAUUUUAAGUCAGUAAGCAACCACCCCGAACAUCCUAGCCUAGCAAAUGCAUAGCAAUUUGCAAUAAGCUAAAAACACUCAGAAAACUUCUGCAACCACUAACAACACCAUAGCAUUCUGGUGGCAGUUUUUGCACACUUAAAUAAUGAAAGGUUCAGGAUUAUUGCUACAGCCAGCCUCUUCAUUUAUGCAUGAAUUGUAAUUAUAUAUUUUUUUUUCACAUUUCUUUAGGAAUCAACAAGAAAACCAAAGAGCAUGUACCUUUGCUGUACCAUGUUUUUUGGACACAUACCAUGUAAAUACAUGAACGUGGUAUAUACUGAAUGUACUAUUUAUAUUUCGGAAUAUGCUGAACUGGUAGAUUAUGCACUGUAAAAAUUUGUAAAUGCCAUGGUAUUAUCAUACGAAAUCAUCACUGUACAAUUUAUUGUAAUGAUUACGCUAGUUGGCUUUGGAUUUUAGUUUGCAUUGAUUGGUAUUGGCUGAUUUUGUAUUAGGGUAUCUAAGGACUUUUCUCUCAUCAGGUCACUGUCUAAGGUCUUGCGCAUUGUGCACAAUUAGUAAAUUCAGUCUCAAGCACUUUAUCCAGCUUAUAGUCAACAUUACCUCAUCCUACUGACCUGCCCAGCUCAGUUCAGUCAAUCCCUUACUUUUUUUUGGGGGGGGGGGCUCCUUUGCCCAGCUUCUAUUUAAUUUUUUCUAAAUAUAAAUUUAAUGCCAGUGAUCAUUACUUUUUAUAGUUUUCAUAUAUACAUUUUUAUGGGAGAUUGCAAGAAGUAAAUGUCUCCUGACAGAAAUCUCUCAGGAGAGUUGUUCAGGUAAUACGGAAGUACUGUAUAUCGAGGCCACUCAUGUUGCUUGCGUGGUCUCACACCGUUUGUUACGGACAUGAAUGCAACCUCAAAUCAGACAAAUCUAGAUGCACAUUCCUUCAUGUGUACAAUAAAAUGUGCAAAAAGAAAAACCCAUAAAUGUCUCCUGACAGAAAUCUCUCAGGAGAGUUGUUCAGGUAAUACGGGGCCAUGGAGAGCUCAAAUCAUCUAUAGUCUGCAUCAUGUGACAUCAGUGAUGGAUACUUUGAGUAGCCAGGGCAUCAGUGCUGAGUAAGUAAUCCUAUUUGGGCAACUUGAGCUUCCAUCUCCCUGCCGAGCAAUCUGUUGAUCGCUUCUCGGCUCAGUGAAUCAGAAAAACACAUUCUUCUCACUCAUGAAAUGAAUGUACUUUUACCAAGGUGGAAUCUAGAUUGCUGAUAUAUUUGUUUUCCUCUUUUUUCUUGCAAUUUGAGAAGAGUGCUGUGAUCACAUUAUGUAGGAUGCAGAGAAUCAAGAGAAAGACUCCUUGAUGGAACUGAACUGGAUUUCUCUAAGAGCAGCAGAAUGUGCACAAACGUGCUGGGAAUUUUGUUAUCUUACAGAUGGAAAACAUUUCUACAUAUAAAUGAUGUGAUCCAAAGUGCAUUUGAACAGCGGUGAAACACUUUCUAAUGAUGUGUUACAUUCAUACGAGCAGACAGAGAAGUACAUUUGAAAUGGAGAUGACCCUUAUGGCCCAUCUAAACUCCUCACCAGAAGGGAGAUUCACUGAGUCCCUAUUUCAUAGAUGAUAGUGACAAGACAAGUCUCUGGCUAGCAUGGUAACGUUCAGUGAUGUGACUGACAUCCACAAGAUGCAGCCUCCAACCUGCAUUCCUACUCCAAUGUCACCAGGCUUGCGGCGCAAGCAGCUGCUGUGGCAGAACGCUGUCAAACACAUCAUCAGCCAGCGAGAGCUGAGGGAGCAAGUCGGCGUGGAGCCAGCCCGGAAGAUUUAUGUCACUGAUGACUAUAUCGAGGAAAUCAACCAACAGAUACGCAGCAAAGCAUCACGAGGCAUGACCAAACGCCGUUCCUCAGCAGCGAGAGUUCAUCCAUCCUUUUUUGGAGAACGUAGCAGCUCCUCGACUUUGCAGAACGGAACAGCUACACACUAUAUUAGUGAUGCCGACUUUUUUGCUCACUGGGGCCACACCAUCCAUGGGGUGUAUGUGCCAACAUUGAGACACACCUUUAAAUCGCGAGACCUUGAGAAACUCUACCAGCGCCAUUCCUCACACACUAGAAGAACCUCUUUAGUUGUCACUAACAUCAUAGAUGCAGCUUCCAAACUGCACCUACUUUUGCUCUACCUGGCCUUGGCUCCAGAGGGUUCAGACACACUGUUGGGCUGGUUCACAGGGUUCUUCAUGGCCUGUGCAGUUGCCCUGUGUGUUUUGGUACUCACCUGUAAACGCUCACAUUCACCAAAAUGGUUGCGUUAUGCUGGCAUGGCUAGCUGGCUGUCACAGACUGCUCAGGUAUUGGGUGGACUGGCAUACGGGUUGGAGAGAGACCAAUCCUGGUAUGUUCUGUUUACUUUAUUUGCCACAUACACUCUGCUGCCACUGCCACUGCUCUGGGCCAUUGGAGCUGGCACACUAACCUCCACACUGCACCUAAUUGCAGAGACUAUACGCCACUUCAGUGAAGUGGGACUACUGAGAAAGAUUCUUUCCAAGGCUUUAUUGUACAUAAGCAUGAAUGUGGCGGGUCUGUUUGUCCAUUACCUGACCGACCGAUCCCAGAGACAAGCCUUUCUGGAGACACGCCGCUGCAUUGAAGGCCGCAUGAAACUGGAAACAGAAAACCAGAGACAGGAGCGUUUGGUACUGUCUAUCCUUCCUCGCUUUGUUGCCUUGGAGAUGAUUGCUGAUAUGACUUCUAUGGAUGAUGAGCUUGUUCCACAGCAAUUUCACAAAAUAUACAUCCAUCAGUACAAAGAUGUCAGUAUCCUCUUUGCUGACAUAAAGGGCUUCACACUGUUAUCCAUGAACAUGUCCGCUCAGGAGUUAGUGCGCUUGCUUAAUGAGUUUUUUGGACGUUUUGACCGGCUAGCUGAGGAGCAUCACUGCAUGAGAAUAAAGAUCUUAGGGGACUGUUACUACUGUGUGUCUGGAGUACCAGAGCCCCAGAGGGCACAUGCCCGCUACUGUGUGGAAAUGGGACUAGCCAUGAUCAGCACCAUACGAUCUGUAAGAAAGCAACUACACUUAGAUAUGGACAUGCGGAUUGGGAUCCACUCUGGCACUGUUUUGUGUGGUGUUCUGGGCCUACAGAAAUGGCAGUUUGACGUUUGGUCCUGGGAUGUCGGCAUUGCCAACAUGCUUGAAGCAGGGGGUAUUCCUGGACGCAUCCAUAUUUCACGCGCUACCCUAGACUUCCUAGAGGGGAACUACGAGACAGAAGAUGGGCGUGGAUAUGAACGCAAUGAGUUUCUACGAAAACACAACAUUGACACUUUCCUUAUCUGCCACAAGGAAGAGGACCUAGAUGAUGUGGAAACUGAACCUCAGAAAACCCAGCAAAACAGCCACCCUUGGAACACUGAGUUUCCAUUUGGCAACAUCACUGAUAUUAACUGUAUCUUGGCCUCCUUCACCAAUGGCUCUUACGCACAGCUUCCUAAUUCAUUAGCACACAGAUCCAAGGAGAUAAAUAAACGCAUCGACCAUGCCAUUGAUCUACGCAGCAGCGAGCGAAUGCGUCAGGAACACAUCACUCCAGCUACACUGGUCUUUAAGGACAUGAACAUUGAAGAGAAGUUCUCACAGAUGAGGGAUGAGAUGUUUAAGACCAAUUUGGUCUGCUCCUUCAUCAUGCUCCUCCUGCUUAUGGCAGUCCAGUCCCUCAUCCCUGCACCUAGGUUAUAUUAUUGGACAGCAGUCCAGUUCAGUCUAUUCUUGCUGGGCUAUCUGUUACUUCUGGUGAUGGUCCUGGCUGAGGAGUUCAAAUGUUCUCCCAUUGUUCUUCAGCAGUUCUGCUGCUGGAUUCAUGAGAACAAUACUAUGCGCAACUUGCUCACCAUCACAGCCAUAGCCAUCAACUUUGGAAUGGCCCCCUGUGACAUGAUAUGGUGUAACACUGAGACAGGAGAAACAAGCACCAAUGAGACAGAGGAAGGGACCAGCCAGAAGCUACUGACUGUCUGUUCCUAUCCAGAGUUCUUCGUACUAAAUGGGGUGGUUUCGAUGGUGACCUGUGCUGUGUUCUUGAGGCUGAGCUCACUGUUGAAGUUGACUAUUCUGUUGCUGGUGGUGAUGAUCUAUGCAUACUUUAUCGAAGUGUCCUUCCACAUUCUGUACAUAAACCAGUCAGGGCAGGAACAGUUAAGUAGGGCUCACUACCUCAGAAGGAAGGGAGUCUCAAUUUUGUUGAUGGCAAUGUUUGUCAUAGCUGUGUUCUACAAUGGUCGAAGGUGGGAAGCAACAACCAGGCUGGACUUCCUGUGGCGUCUGCAGGCUCAGCAGGAAGUUCAAGAGAUGAGAGAAUUGAGGGAACAUAAUGAGUGUCUGCUGCAUAACAUCUUGCCUGCACAUGUCGCUCGUCACUUCCUAGAGAGGAACAGAAAUAAUGAGGAGCUGUAUUCGCAGUCCUAUGAUGAGGUGGGGGUGAUGUUUGCCUCCAUCGCUGGCUUUAAUGACUACUAUGAACAGAAAGAGAUCAAACAUGAGGGGGUUGAGUGUCUCAAACUGCUCAACGAGAUCAUUUCAGACUUUGAUGAGCUGUUGGAGGAGUCAUAUUUUUUGGACAUUGAGAAAAUCAAAACCAUUGGCAGUUGCUACAUGGCAGCGUCUGGCCUAUCUCCUGAUAAACAGUCUCGUGUUGUAAAUGACUGGCAUCAUCUCAGUGAGCUGGUUCUGUUUGCUCUGGCUAUGCAGGAGACCCUGAGAGAGAUCAACAAACAUUCCUCUAACAAUUUCCAGCUCCGUGUUGGAAUUGCCCACGGUCCUGUUGUUGCCGGGGUUAUAGGUGCAACCAAACCCCAAUAUGAUAUCUGGGGCAUGACAGUGAACUUGGCAAGUCGGAUGGACAGCACUGGGGUCAGUGGAAGGAUUCAGGUUCCUGAGGCCACGCGCAAUAUUCUGGCAGAUUGGGGCUUUGUGCUAGAGUUGCGAGGAGAGAUAUUCAUAAAGGGUGUCAGUGAGAGGAAGGGGCGUGUCCGAACGUACUUCAUCAGCACCAAAAGGCGUCAGAUGGCAAGCAAUGGGAUUUCCAACAGAGAAAAAAAUGGACGCAAUGGGAGGACUACUCUGGCUUCUGUGGUCUUCAGCCUUGUGCAGGCCAUUCAGAGAGAGAAACGGAGAGGCACCAAUGGAGGUUUACCACUGCCAAACAGCAACUUUAGCAGUUUAAGAUUAUGAUGUGAAACAUCAAGCCUGAGUUCAUCGUGACCUGAUGGGCGUUCAGUUGAGACAACAACACUGCCUUCUUCAAAAUUAUACCUCAAAUUUAAUUACAAUGAUGUCUUUAUAGAAUCCUCAUAUGGACUUGUUUAUAGAGUACAAACUGAAUCCCCAUAUGGACUUGUCUAUAGAAUCCAAACAAAAGAGUUAUAUUUUUUCUUUUUACUUUUAUGUGUUUAACUUGAGACUUGUCUCCGAUAAUAAAACUAUAUCUAACUUGCCACACGUUCAGUAAGGAAACAUAGUUUACUGCGGUACAGCCAAUGUAAAUGUCCAGAUAAUUAUGUUAAAAAUGCAUUUACUUUUCACUUGUGCAGAACUGCACCUAAUCCAUGCCGAGACAGCAUAAAAAUACCUCGUAUGUACUGUAUAAACAAAUCGUAUAUAUGACUUUUUACAGUAUGUCCUGUGAUCAAUAACUAAAAUAACUUUUUGUACAUUUUACAAUUAUUAAUAUAGAUUAAGAAAAUGUAAAAUAUUUUUAAAACCUAAAAUAAUGUUUUUUUUUUUAUUGUAAAAACAUAUAUUUACAGUUGAAUCAGAAGUUUACAUACGCUGAAGUCAUUAAAACUUGUUUUUUAACCACUCCACAUAUUUAAUAUUAGCAAACUACAGUUUUGGCAAGUCGUUUAGGACAUCUACUUUGUGCAUGACACGAGUAAUUUUUCCAACAAUUGUUUACAGACAGAUUGUUUCACUUUUAAUUGACUAUAUCACAAUUCCAGUGGGUCAGAAGUUUACAUACACUUUAAGUUUAAGUUAACUGUGCCUUUAAGUAGCUUGGAAAAUUCCAGAAAAUGAUGUCAAGCCUUUAGACAGUUAGCCAGUUAGCUUCUGAUAGGAGGUGUACUGAAUUGGAGGUUGAUGUAUUUUAAGGCCUACCUUCAAACCCAGUGCCUCUUUGCUUGACAUCAUGGGAAAAUCAAAAGAAAUCAGCCUGGACCUCCACAAGUCUGGUUCAUCCUUGGCAGCAAUUUCCAAAUGCCUGAAGGUACCACUUUCAUCUGAACAAACAAUAGUACGAAAGUAUAAACACCAUGGGAUCACGCUGCCAUCAUACCGCUCAGGUAGGAGACGCAUUCUGUCUCCUAGAGAUGAACGUAGUUUGGUGCGAAAAGUGCAAAUCAAUCCCAGAACAACAGCAAAAGAUCUUGUGAAGAUGCUGGAGGAAACAGGUAGACAAGUAUCUAUAUCCACAGUAAAAUGAGUCCUAUAUCGACAUAACAUGAAAGGUUGCUCAGCAAGGAAGAAGCCACUGCUCCAAAACUGCCAUAAAAAAGCCAGAUUACAGUUUGCAAAGUGCACAUGGGGACAAUGAUCUUUCCUCUAGUCUGAUGAAACAAAAAUUGAACUUUUUGGCCAUAAGGACCAUCGUUACGUUUGGAGGAAAAAGGGUGAGGCUUGCAAGCCCAAGAACACCAUCCCAAUCAUGAAGCAUGGGGGUGGCAGCAUCCUGUUGUGGGGGUGCUUUGCUGCAGGAGGGACUGAUGCACUUCACAAAAUAGAUGGCACCAUGAGGAAGGAAAAUGAUGUGGCUAUAUUGAAGCAACGUCUCAAGACAUCAGCCAUGAAGUUAAAGCUCAGUCGCAAAUGGGUCUUCCAAAUGGACAAUGACACCAAGCAUACCUCCAAAGUUGUGGCAAAAUGGCUUAAGGACAACAAAGUCAAGGUAUUGGAAUGGCCAUCACAAAGCCCUGACCUCAAUCCGAUAGAAAAUUUGUGGGCAGAACUGAAAAGCAUGUGCGAGCAAGGAGGUCUACAACCUGACUCAGUUACAGCAGUUCUGUCUGGAGGAAUGGGCCAAUAUUCCAGCAACUUACUGUGAGAAGCUUGUGGAAGGCUACCCAAAACAUUUGACCCAAGUUAAACAAUUUAAAGGCAAUGCUACCAAAUACUAACAAAGUGUAUGUAAACUUCUGACCCACUGGGAAUGUGAUGAAAGAAAUAAAAGCUGAAAUAAAUAAUUCUCUCUACUACUAUUCUGACAUUUCACAUUCUUAAAAUAAAGUAGUGAUCCUAACUGACCUAAGACAGGGAAAGUUUUUUACUAUUAAAUGUCAGGACUUGUGAAAAACUGAGUUUAAAUGUAUUUGGCUAAAGUGUAUGUAAACUUCUGACUUCAACUGUAUAUAUUAUUAUUAUUAUAUAUUUGUGGAAACUUUUAUGCAUUUAGGGCAGCGGUUUGUUUCUGAUUUUCAUUGUGAUGGUAAUAUCAUUUAAAUGCCAUUUAAAUGUAAAUAUUCAUGUUUAACAGCCAUUUCAUGUUGCCUUGGGAUAGAACUUCAGCUGGUGAUGUGUGCUAAAGAACAUAUUUACAUAAAACUACCUUUAUUUACCAAGUAAUACUUUCAUAUCAUUAAUGUUUAAUGGUCAAACUAACUUACUGAAAAUGGAAACAUAAUAUUUACACUCUCAACACAGAGCAUGUUAUCUGAUAUUUGUCUAAUAUUCUGAAUUGUUUAAUCUUCUUUUACUAACAACAACCAAAAAAAAAAAGAACAAAAAAAAAUCUGUUCAUGGUACAUGUUCCUGGUAACCAUUCAAUACCGUGGUAUAUGGUAAAUGAAUAUGGAAAUCAUUAAAUACCAUGGUAUGUAAUACAAUACCAUUGUGUUCCUCCUAUCUGAUAACCAUGACUGUACCAUAAAACUGCAACAGUAUUUUUGUAAGUGUUAUAAUACUGCACAUCCAAUUAUUUGUUUGUAUAAUAGACACAUUUGCAUAAGCUAUAAAAAUAAAUGUAUUUAUCUCCUUGCAAUACUAUAUGUUGUUCAUAAGACUAAAAUAACUGAUCCAUGUAGUAGUCAGUAGUAGUAAGUAGCCCACUCACAUAGAAGUUGUCAAGUGGACCAUUCCUUACAAAAAUGUACCACAACUAUAGUUUACACCAAAAUACCAUAGUUACUACACUUAAAGGGGUCAUGCAAUGCCUUUUUUAAUAUGUUCCUUGAGGUUCACUUAUAAUAUUAGUAAAGUUAUUUUGCGUGCACACACACACACAAAAACAAUCAUAUACAGGUGCAUCUCAAUAAAUUAGA